AUGAGCGGUGCGGAUAUCGUCGCGAGGGUUUCCAUUUUGGACGGCAAGGGCUAUGUCUGGGACGCAGCUCAAGCUAAGCGCCUGAGGGAAGAAUGCAGGCUGGUGGGCGCCAUGGUCGGAGGUCUACCCGGGUACAAGAUGCAGACUUCAGUGAGGGGGCUACCUUUGGAGCUUAGCCCCGAAGAAGUCACACUGGCAUUUGCAAAAGGCUGGAUUCAUAUUAAUGCGCACAGAAGCGGUGACACAUCUUCAUCCAUGGCAGCAUGCAGUGUGAGCAACAGACAGGAGGGCAUGCACUCAUCCCAGGGUGCAGAAGGAAGUGCAGAGGCUGCAGUUAUGGAAGAUUGGACAUCGCCACUGUCCGAUGGCAGGCAUGUGACAAUACCAACACAGCCGUCAUGUGAAGACACGUACCCAUGCAGCUGGACAUACCCAUCGUCAGAACUGGACAAGAUCAGAUGCAUUGUGUUCUCAGAUCUGCAUGAGAAAGGGUUUUACAUGACUGGAGGCUUAAAGUUUGGUGGAGAUUGGUUGGCAUACCCAGGAGACCCCCUGGGGUACCAUGCCCAGUUUGUUGUUCGCGUGGUGCUGCCAGAUCAAACGAUACAUGCCCUCAUGUUUGCAUCGUCUACCCGGGAGGCUCAUGCUGCCCGGAAGCAUCUGUUGCUGGCAACGGCCAAACAAGUCAGUGACACUUCAGAUCACACGCCUGUCUACUUCUCAGUGGCCCCCUAUGCUGGAUUUGGGAAGGAUGCCAGGAGUUUAUGA